UAGAUAGCCAGGCAUAUGAGACAAAAUCACAACUGGGCUUCUGGUUUUCUUGUAACGUCGCCUCCGAAGUUGUCCCUUGACCAGCAAGCUCCCAACCUCGAACAACAAGCCCGAGCACGACAUCUCUCAACCCGUGUGUCUCAAUCGCGGGAUCCUUGCCCAAUGUCCGGUCCCAGUGUGUUAUCUCGAGUGUGGCGACGGGGUACGCCCCAUCGCCACCUCCAGGCCCUUAGAACUGGUCAACGUCUGGCCAGCAACUUCAGUUAUUACUUGAAAGACGGCAGUAACCCGAAUCCGAUCAGCAAUGAGACACGCCACUUGCUUCAGAACCAGAAGCAUGUCUUGGACAUGCCCGAUUGGGAGAGGGGUCCGGGUAUCCAGGACCCAUUGGUCUAUCCCAUGAAAGAUCCCCUGGAUCGAGACGACGACCAGACCUACGACAUCACGUACUGGCCCCACAAGGGUCAAGUUAUGGCCGAGGAGUUCCAAGACCCGAGCCCCAUCUUAUUGGUCAAGCGGGUUCGAACGCUGAUUUGCCAGCCUUACUACCAUAAGGAGGCGUGUGAGCGAUUGGGUUUGGGCCAGUUUGCACCCAUGGAGAAAAUUGCGGUCCUGCCCAAUACCCCCACCAUGUGUUGGCGAUUGGUCCCUAUAAAGCAUCUGAUCGAAAUCAUCCCCUUGACGUUUCCCAUGGGAUAUCCCUCGAACGAAGAGUUUGACCCGGCGUGUUGCCGGAUCAAUCAAAAGGGCGAGUUCUAUUAUCACCCCAAGCUCAAGAAAGAGGACCAAAGUCUAUUUCCUCAACAUGAGAUGUGUAUAUCGGAUGCCAACAUUGAGCGCGAGGCCAAUCACAAUUAUUACAAAACUUCAACAACCAUUUCUCCCAUGGGCAAUGCUAACUUUCAUCGCGAUACCUCCACCACCAAUCGUGAGAUGAAUGAUUGGCACUCGGAUGCGUCGUUUAAGAUUAAGUUCAAAGAGCUCAUCCCCGAGGGAUCAGAGCGGGUCUUCUUGGGAGAGUCAAAGUAUGUGUAUGACUAAUGGACCAUUUUGAAUUAAAUUCCCUUCAAAAAGA